AUGUCGACAGCUGAACCCUCACCAGCUCCAGCUGUUGGUGCAGGUCGAGGACGCCGUCGUGGGCUAAGACGAGGAGGACCUCGGGGUGGUGGUGGUGGUGGUGCGAGCGGGAAUACAACUCCAAACUCCUCAUUGGCACUUCGUCCUGCUUCGGUAGCACUCGAAGCACAAGCAUCGGUACAAUCACAGUCACAUACCCAGAGAACGCAGGGCAGAGCGAGUGGCAGAAGAGGUGGAUACAGAGGAAGAGGGAGAGGCGCUGCUCAGCUAAUGGUCAAUGGACAGCGAGCAUUUGGCGGGCAGCUUACUGCGGCAACAUCCAACGAAGGAUCGCUGGCUGGCGAUGCCCCUGAAUUCGUCCCUGGUCAGCCCGUCGCCUCUCGAGUCCGGCAGCAACAACCUCGAAUUCUCCCGAAACGUCGAAUGUCCAAGUCACAAGCUCCCGACAUCGCCACAAGAACGCACGAGGAUAUUACAAACGGGCAGUACGAAUGUGUGAUCUGUACUAACGAAGUUCUGCCAAAUUCAAAAGUCUGGAGUUGCAGGACCUGCUGGUCGGUCUUGCAUUUGUCCUGUGUGAAGAGAUGGUCCAAGAACGAGGUUUCGACACACCAACAGCGAGCUGUGGAGAACGGGGAACUGCCACCCCCGAGGCAAUGGCGAUGUCCUGGAUGCAAUCUGCCCAAGCUAGAUCUGCCGAACAAUUAUUCUUGCUGGUGUGAAAAGGAGAUUGAACCUCGCUCCAUUGCUGGAUUGCCGCCACAUUCUUGCGGGCAAUCGUGCUCGAGGCGGAGGGCGGGCAGUUGUCCACAUCCAUGUGAGCUUAUAUGCCAUGCUGGCCCUUGUCCAUCUUGUGGACAUAUGGGACCUCCAACGUCUUGUUUUUGUGGGAAGGAGACGAGUUCGAGACGAUGUGUAGAUACGAAUUAUCAGAGCGGCUGGGCAUGUGGUCAAGUCUGUGGAGAGGAUUUAUCUUGCGGGGAGCAUACCUGUCAGAAGGAAUGUCACGAGGGGCUAUGUGGAAGCUGUGAUGUGGAAGUCGAGUCGCGCUGCUACUGUGGGCGGACGGAAAGAAUUCUACGAUGUUUUGAGCGGGACGACGAGAUGGAGAGUCAAUUGAGCCAGGAGAGCUGGAUCGGAUCAUUCAACUGCGGAACCGAGUGUCGACGACCAUUCGAUUGUGGAAACCCCAGGCAUUUCUGUAAACAGCCCUGCCACGUUCUGGAUCCGGUAUCGCCUCAUUGUCCACUUUCCCCGGAUGUUGUUACGCACUGUUCAUGUGGAAAGACGCCAAUCGAUGUGCUCCUUCUUGAGCCUCGAGUAGACUGCUCGGCCCCGGUACCACAUUGUAAAGAGAAGUGCCAGAAGCUACUUGCCUGCGGUCACGUAUGCGAAGAGCUGUGUCACGGUGGGGUUUGCAAGCCAUGCCUCCAAACGAUUGAGAUUACCUGCCGAUGUGGCCGAACGAUAUCGAAGUCUGUUUGUCAACAGGGAUCGGAAGAACUACCUCAGUGCCCACGGGUCUGUCGGACCAAUCUGAAUUGCGGUCGUCACGAAUGUGGUGACCGUUGCUGUCCUGGAGAGAAGAAGGCCGGUGAGAGACAGGCCUCGAAGCGCAAACAUCGGGCACUCAAUGCAGCGCCGGUCAAUGGCGAGGAAUUCGAGCCUGAGCAUAUUUGCUUGAAAGUGUGCGGUCGACGAUUGAAGUGCCUCAAUCAUACUUGCGCUUCUUUGUGCCAUAAAGGACCUUGCGGUAGCUGUCUAGAAGCUGUUUUCGAGGAUAUCAGCUGUGCUUGUGGGAAGACGGUUCUUCAACCUCCUCAGCCAUGCGGUACACAGCCUCCGGAAUGCCGAUUCGAUUGCACCCGUCAACGAACUUGCGGCCACCCUCAAAUCAAGCAUCAGUGCCACGAAGAUGGAGAAGAGUGUCCGAAAUGUCCAUUCUUGGUAGAGAAGUCUUGCAUCUGUGGCAAGAAGACGCUGAAAAACCAGCCAUGUUGGUUCAGUGAGGUGAGAUGUGGAUUACCUUGCAACAAGAAGCUCAGGUGUGGAAACCACUUCUGCCAGUACAUGUGCCAUCGGGCGGGACAGUGCGAGGAUGCCAUGUCACACUGUAAGCAAGCGUGCGGUCGUAAGAAGACAGUAUGCGAGCAUACUUGCCUGGAUCCAUGCCACGCUCCAUACCCUUGCAAGGAAAACUCGCCCUGUCAAGCGAAGACUUUCAUGACCUGUGAAUGCCAGAAUCAAAAGCAGGCAAUCAAGUGCCUGGCUUCGAAGACCUCUGCCGGUAACUCAGAGAAAACGUUAGAGUGUAACGACGAAUGUCUGAAGGUUCAACGAAACGCCAAGCUUGCUGCAGCUCUCAACAUUGACCCUGCCAGCCACGCUUCCGACCACAUCCCAUACUCUGCUACGACACUUGCCUUCUUUGCGGACCACCAGAAGUUCGGGCAGCAGUAUGAGCGGGAGUUCCGGGUAUUUGCGGCGGAUGAGAAAGAGAAGCGGUUGCGGUUCAAGCCGAUGCAAGCUUUCCAACGCGCUUUCAUCCACGCGCUCGCUGAAGAUUUCGGGCUCGAUAGCGAGAGUCAGGAUCCCGAGCCUCGUCGCCAUGUCUGUAUCUUCAAGACGCCGAAGUUUGUUUCGGCUCCAGCCAAGACACUUGGACAGUGUGUAAAGGUUCGAGCUACUCCAGUCGUUGAAGCAAGCUCUUCCAAGACACUCGUCUCGAAUGCAGAGCCAUGGAACGCAUUCCUGCUUACGAACCCCAAGUUUGGAAUCACGAUGGAAGAAUUGUAUGCGGACCUCAAGCCCGAUUUCGCCCAGGCGGGAAUCGACUUUGAGGUAUCCUUCCUCCCAUCUGGGGACGUGGUCCUCAAGUCUUUGGCGACUGGCCAGCGGCUGGUCAAGAUGGACAAGGAACUGGCCGCCUUGAAGGGGCCUGUCGGCAAGAGGAUCUCUUCCUUGCGUCUUGCCUCUUCGACUUCGCUCUGUGCUGUAGAUGGCAGUCUGAAUAUCCUGAGACAAGAAGAUCAGAAUUCCUCGAGUGGUGGGUGGAGUCAGGUUGCCAAGGGCGGACCUGCGAGUAGGGGUCUACCGAUUCCCAGCGUGGGUGCGAAGAGCAGCUUCAUGGUGCUUGGGAGGAUCAAGAAGGAAAACGACAAGAAGAAGGUUGUCGAGGAGACGGUGGAGGAUUGGGAGAUGGAGGCUGAUGCCGCCUGA